AUGACGUUGGCGGAGGAGGAAGAGGCGAGACAGCAUGAGGCUAGCACGGUGAACGACCAGCAGAUCGGGAGUGGAGACCGCUACAUGGUCGCCGGCAACCACCAGGUGUGCGACGAGAAGUGGGCGCAGAGCAGCCCAGACUGGGUGGGCCAGGCCAGCAUGUCCAAGCGCCACCGGUGCCUCCUGGCGAAGGAUCUGCACUGGGAGUGGUUCAACGUGCUGACCUUCGGCCUCGUCUCGGGCCUGGAGCGAGGCGUGGCCAGGCUGGAGGAGAUGAAGCAGGCGGCGCUGCAUUGGAUCUCGAGGGCCGACGACUGGCCUGCGGAGGACCACGUCGGACUAUUCUUGGCGGUGUAUUCGCACACGAACUGCAAGUUCUGCCAGCUGCAUCUCGUGGACCUCGACCACCUCGGGCCGACGUUCCACGCGCUGGAGCCCCGGCUGCUCAGGCUCGACGACGCGUUGUCCAUCCUGCGCGAGGAGGUGCUGGCGGGCCAGCCCUGCCAGGACGCCGCCGACUGAGGGCCCGCGGCGGGUUGGUUUUCGAGCGGUGAGGCACGAUGGCCACGGCCAAGACGGCGCGGGACCCUGCCGACGCCCAUCGUGGCCACCCGAAGGACGGAAAGUGCACGAGCACAAUGUGUCUGAUGUCUGCGCGGAGUUGCUGGAUCGGCGUGGAGCCCCCCAAGCGGCGCCUCCGGGUGCCGGCCGUGGCGCUCCGCGGUCCAGCGCCGAUCCCGGAGAGCCGAGCGGGCCUCCGAGAAGUGAUGUUUCUGCCCCGUCCUGCCUUGGCCGUGGCCGCCGUUUCUUUUUUUGUUCCCCCUCCACCAGCAGGGGGCGGCUUGCGGCAGCCUACCUCUCCCUUCGGGCCGCAUGCUCGCGGUGCCGUGCGCCAGGGAAGA